GGACGACAACACCGCGCACCAACCGCAUCUCCCCAGGCCAGGACACCCAGCUCUGGCAGACGAGUCAAUUGAGUCUGGCCGUCAUGCUACAACCACGAUUGCUGCUGCGGCAGUCCCAGAAGACCUCGUGUCAAUAUCUCUCGUUACGAAAUGCACUCCCCCGAUACUAUGCUACCGCGAUCGACCCCGUCAAGCCGGAAUCUACCUCGCAGGUAGCAGCAAGUCCAGGAUUCGCACCUCCUUCGACAGUUGACAACAACUCAACAUUCCAGAUGCGGACAUAUAAGCCUCGAACUCCAGGUGUACGCCAUCUGAAGCGUCCUAUCAACGACCAUCUAUGGAAGGGAAGGCCGUUUCUGGCAUUAACAUUCGCAAAGAAGGGGCAUGGAAAGGGAGGGAGAAACAAUGGUGGCCGAGUAACAAUUAGACAUCGUGGUGGUGGACACAAAAGAAGGAUACGGACCAUCGAUUUCCAGCGAAUGACCCCUGGAAAGCACACGGUCGAGCGCAUCGAGCACGACCCAGGACGAACGGCACACAUUGCACUGCUCAACGAGGAAGCAACUGGCAGAAAGAGUUACAUUGUAGCUGCUGAGGGAAUGAGAGCUGGAGAUGUUGUUCAAAGUUACAGAGCUGGCAUCCCCAAGGAUCUUCUGGACAGUAUGGGAGGGUUUGUGGAUCCCGGUGUGUUAGCCGCGAAGACUGCUUGGAGAGGAAACUGUCUACCACUUCACAUGGUCCCCAUUGGAACGAUCAUCUACAAUGUUGGCUCGACGAAAGGGAAGGGAGCUGUCUUCUGCCGAAGCGCAGGCACCUAUGCAGUUGUCGUUUCCAAAGAAGAUGCAACUACUAGUGGUGGAAACAAAUACGUCAACGUCCGUUUGCAAAGUGGUGAAGUACGAAAAGUAAGCAGAGAUGCCUGCGCGACAAUCGGUGUAGCUAGUAAUCCCCACUACCAACAUACCCAGCUGGGGAAGGCUGGGCGGAAGCGAUGGCUGAAUAUCCGACCUACAGUCAGAGGUCUUGCCAUGAAUGCCGCUGAUCAUCCGCACGGUGGUGGAAGAGGAAAGUCUAAGGGAAACGUCAAUCCCGUCAGCCCGUGGGGUAUGCCCGCCAAAGGAGGCUACAAGACUCGAAAGGUCAGGAAACCAAACAAGUGGGUUGUGGCACCACGAGAAAGGAACCAUGGGAAACGAAGAGUCAAGUAGAUGCUCUUCUAUACCCUCUGUACUCAGUAUGGAAUUAUCCCUUCCAUGAUUCAAGACUGCUAUGUACAAAAAGGAGUUGAGAUACGUGUACCAGUACAAGUACAUGAGAAAUGUAAGAUUUUGUAUAGCUGGCAUCACAAUUACUCGUCUCAACAAAGUGUGAACAACAAUCUCAACCAAGGCAGAUGAAUCAUUCAUGCAUCAAUCGCGCAGCUCAAACUCUACUUUUCGCAGGACGGAGUGUCCGUUUCCCAUUCGACUCAAUCAAGACCAUCUCCUUUUCCCAUCCUCGUGCCCUCAAAUCCAUCUUAUCUUUACCAGGUUCAAUCUGCAAGUUGUCGGGCGCCCAGCUGCAUAUGAUAGGUGCACAUACGGCCAAGCCGUCAACUCGGGUAAGCCAUGUUCGUGCAACCCAACCUACUACUCAGGCCCUUCCAGAAGGCCUCCUCUCGGACUCUAUUGCAGCACACGACGAUCCUGGCGUCGACUCCGGGAAGAGCAGAGAACGAUGUGCAGAUGAAGCGGCAGAAUCCCAGAAUAGUGGAAAGUCACAUUCUUACGCGUCGAUUUUCUCAUGUCACGUUUCACAAAAGUACCGUCCUCCUGUUGCUCCAACCUUGUUAGACCUCGUAUGUAGUACAGCUAGGGACUCCAGUCGGUUCCCCAAAGCUGGGUUGGCAUCACUGGAGAGUUAAAGUACUAGCGCGUGUGCGGGGUUUCCAAAUAUAGAUGCUCUUCGCUCGGAUUAUCUUCGUUUGUGUUCGCAGUGCGGUGGUGAUGGCUUCCAAGACUUGUAGAGCCGCCCAAUGGCGUGAUAGGGCUGGGUAACCACAGCGAAUCACAAUCUUAUUCUCGAGGGACUUAGAACCUGAAAGAUACACUCCUGUUGACAUCCAGGGAUGUCUUCCUUGUCAGGGUACACGGGCGGAUCCAGAACGAGCAAGACCGAAAGUGAGUGAUGUGCCAGCCAUUCAGAGAAUUGAAAAUAUGGAGGCACGACUCGGGGGGUUGGGAUGAAGAAGGAUGUGAUAUAAAAAUAGUAUAAUGGUGAUUCAUCUAUGCACCAAUACACCAAAUUUUGCAAUCGCA